AUGCAAACAAAAACAGGGAGAAAUAUAAUCAGCAGUUUCUUCACCAGCAUCGCGUGCGAAUCAGAAAUAUGUUGUUUGUCAUUUGAUGUUUUUAAUCGUAAUCAAAAGUGUUUAUGUUUUCAUUCAAAGAUUGAUUUAAAAGUAGACGUCCUCUUCUUCCAUCGCAAAGUCACCAUUGCAGCUCGAGUUUGGACUAAAAAUAAUUGA